UAUUUUCUCAAACGAAAUGGCCACGUGGCGGCACAACGAAGCUCAAUGAAAGUUCAAUAACCUCAGUACCCUUAAAUUUAACCAUAUAUAGCCCCUUUCUCUACGCCCAUCUAUUCUCGUAUGACCGAGGGUAUAUAUCGUAAUUAAAUUCACACUUCGAGCCCUUUUUCGUUAUUUUCAAUUCUUUCACGCCUCUUACAAAAAAAAAAAAAAAAAAGCCUAACCCUAAUCUUGUCCCCUUAUUUUUAAUCGCCGCCACCAAUUUCGAUCUCAAACUUUUCUUGAUCGAUUCGAUCUCAAUUCUUCGCCUGCAUCUCCAAAUCGACCUGGUAUUCGAUUUCUUCUCUUUUUUCUCUUUCGAUCGAUUCCAAUUUUAUCAAUAGCCGUUGUUUCUUUCUAAUUCUAGGGUUAGGGUUCCGAAACUUGUUCGAUCCGCGAUUAGAUUCGUAGAUCUUAGGAGAUUGAUUCAUAGUUAGAGAUUCUGGGGUUGUGGGUAUUCGUUUUCUCUUCGAUUUCGUUCUGAUUUUGUUUUUCUUGCUGGGUUUCUGUGUCUGGAUUAUUUGUCUGUUUUUUUUUUUUUGAUCUAUUCAUAGGCUUUCGUGUAAUUGUAAUUGGAAAUCGCUGAUUUUGUACAUGACCGGGGUUGUAUUAUUUAUGGUUUUCUCGGAAUUUUAAAUCUAGGGUUAGGGUUUUCAGAAAUUUGGGGCUUUUUUUUUUUUAUUUAAGUUGGGUUGGGAGAAAGACUGUUUUCCUGGAAAUUUCACGGUUUUGUUCGCUAUUGCCAUCAAAUUUUAGCUCCAAUCUUCCGAUCUAACGAUAUCAUUUCUCGGAGAUUUCUUUUGAGAUCAGUAGAUAUGGUACAGAAGCGACCUUAUGAUGAAGAAGAAAUCUUCAAGAUUUCUUUUAAGCACCCAAGACAGAUUGAAGACAGCAAACAACUCUUCUCAUUCUCAGAAUCUGUUUUUUCUGAGAGUGCAUCUGAAAUGGUGCCAAAAACUUUAGAGGAUGGAUUCACAAAUGCUGAUAGCAAAGGUGAUGGAAAGUUUUCUGGUGACAUUGUUACUGAUGUUCCAAAAGAUUGUGAGAACAUUGAAACAAGUGCACCUGGUUCCAUCUCAUCAUCAUGGCCUGCUGCCAGUGAAGAAGAAUCUAUGCCAGAAGCACACUUCCGCUUUUCUUUUUUCCCAGAAUAUUUUAUUCCCGAGCGUCCCAUAAGGACCAUAGCUCACUGUGAGGACAUCUAUUCUUUACUUUUGAAUCACCCUUCUCGGAAGUCGGUUCCAAUUGGAUCAAACCAUCAAGCUGAAGUUCCACCAUGGGGUCAACAGCGCACCAGUAAGAUCUCAGGCUCUUCCUAUCUUUCAGAGGGAGUUUUAAAACCUGAAUCUGAGGAUGAAAAAAGAUUAAUUGGUAAGUGCAUCAUUCCAAUGCCUGAUUUUGCUUCACCUGUAUAUACUGAUCCAAAAAUUGGGAGCGGGAGAACCGAUUGUAAUUGUGAAGAUGAGGGUUCUCUCAGUUGUGCUAGAAAACACAUUACAGAAGCUAGAGGAGAACUUGUAAGAUCUCUUGGGCUGGAGGUAUUUUCGGAGCUAGGUUUUCAUGACAUGGGAGAACAAGUAGCUCAAACUUGGAGUGAAGAGGAUGAACAUGCAUUCCAUCAAGUUGUCUUCUCCAACCCAGCUUCUUUGGGCAAAAAUUUCUGGGACAGGCUGUCUUUUGUCUUUCCCUCCCGGACUAAGAAGGAGAUUGUCAGUUACUAUUUCAAUGUCUUUAUGCUUCGUAAGAGAGCUGAGCAGAAUAGAUAUGAUCCAAAAAAUGUUGACAGUGAUAAUGACGAGGGGCAGGGGAGUGAUGAUUUUGGUGACAAUGAAAUUGAUAUGUCUGAGGACGAUGAUGACUCGGUUGUUGAGUCUCCAGUAUAUGGACAUGGCACUUGGAGUCAAGAAGAUAACUUGCAGUGCAGUGAGCAUAUAGCUGAAGACACUUCUGAUGAUAAUAUUAAUUCUGAUUCUAAUAAUGGGGGUGUUGACCAAAGUUCAGAAAUAUGCCAUGAGAAGCUGGACAAUUUUAAUCAGCAUCAGAAUAAAAUUGCUUUAGAUGAGAAACAAAAUAGAGAAGUUCAAGACGAUUCGUGUACAACCUCUGAUACAGGAGUCACAUCACUAAGGAACCACAUGUCUGAAAAUGGCAAUCGGUGCUUGAAGAGCUUUAGUAGCAAUGGAUAUGUUUUGGAGCCUUGUGAUUCUGGAGAUUGGGAAUUGGGAUACAUGACAAGUUCUAGAAAUAAGGUUGACUUCUUGCCAACCUGCAAUAUGAUUGAAGAGGUUUUUGGAGAAGAGACCUUGAAUCACAAGGUUAGAGAUGGAAAAACCUUUACUUUCUGAGAUCAGCAUUCAGGCUUUUCAAGUCCUCUCACCAGAAAGCUCUCAGAAAAAAUCUGAGAUAUAGCUUUCAUUUUGUACAUUACACACAUAGAAACAAAGAGGGGGAUGGGAAGUCCUGCCAUUAAUGUAAGAUAGUGUACUAUAUAGCGAUUUGUUUAGUUCUCAUUUAUAUUUGUUUAAGCUUAUUCUUGAAUUAGAAAAUUCCAUUCACACCUUAAAGAAGAUCAUAAAAGAGGGUUUUCUUUACAAGGGUUCCCCUUGUUGGGAGUGAGGAUGGCUGAUAAAAGAAGAUAUACUGAUUGUAUGAGAUGGAGCUCUGCCGUGUAAUUUUUCAUAUAUAUUUUUUAGCAAUGAAAAAAUAUAAAGAAUCACCUCUCAA